GUAGGGUGUGGCCUAAACAGCCAAGAAACCCAGCUAUAUAGCCCAGCCCAGGAGCCCAGUACCACACAGCUCCAGGGACCUGCAGACAUGGGUUCCCUGUGGAGCUGGUGGACGCUCUGGGCUGGAGCAACCCUCCUAUGGGGGUUGACCCAGGAGGCCUCCGUGAACCCCAGGAACGCCAACGACAGGGAAGAGUUCCUCACCGCCUUCCUGCAGAACUACCGGUCUGGGUACAGCCAGGCCAGUCUCCACCUCUUUCUUACCAGUAUGUCGGCCAAACCUGCUUCGGUCUUCAUCUUCAGCCAUGCAGAUGGCACCUCCCAGGAGAUCACAGUGAGACCUGGGCAGUCGGUCAUGGCCAAUAUCAGCUCCAAGGCUGAGAUGAUAGGCAGCAAGAUCUUCCAUCACGCGGUAGUAGUCCGUUCUGACCGCGCCAUCUCGGUGCAGGCUGUAAACUCUAAGCCCAAUUCGGCAGAGCUGACACUGCUGCAGCCUGUCCGUGCCCUGGGCACCGAGUACUUUGUGUUCACACCGCCUGGCUCCUCUACCCAGAAUGUCAAGGAGUUCGCUGUGGUGGCUGGGCCAGCGAACACCACUAUCCAUGUGAACCUGAAGGGGGCGGUGACGUUUCAGGGCAAGUUCUACCCUGCGGGUAGUGUCUUGAGUGUGACUUUGGAGCCCUUUCAGGUGGCCCAGCUACAGAGCACGGCUGAUCUCUCGGGGUCAAAGAUCACAGCCAGCAUCCCCGUGGCUGUCCUCUCUGGCCACACCUGCGCUCAGAAACACACAACCUGCAACCAUGUUGUGGAGCAGCUGCUGCCCACAUCCGCCUGGGGCACCCACUACGUGGUGGCCACGUUGGCCUCCCAGACUCGCUAUGACCUGGCCUUCGUGGUGGCCAGCCAGAACACGAGGGUGACCUACAACCAUGGGGGCACCACCGGCUCCCAUGGGCUGCAGGAGGGCAGCGUGUUGCAGUUUGAGAUCCGGCCAUCCAGGCCACUCUACCUGACUGCAGACGUGGGCGUCCAGGUCCUGCUGUUUGGUACAGGUGCCACCAGGGGUGGUGUCACCCACGACCCCUACCUGGUCCUGAUCCCAGAUGUGGCAUCCUACUGUUCUGCCUACAUGGUCAAGAGCAUGCCAGGCUCUAAUGGUGUGGCCCUGGUGGUGACCCCGACGGAGGCUGCCAACACACUGAUGGUGGAUGAGAGUGCACUGGGGACCAAUGUCACCUGGACACCCGUGCCCGGCAGCGAGUUCUCCUUUGCUGAAGUGGACCUCGGCACUGCUGACACCAUCCACGUGGCCAAGGCUGGUACCAGCUUUGGGCUGCUCACCUUCGGACUGGGCCAGGCUGUGGGCUUUGGCACAGCAGCUGCUUGCAGCCAGACCACCCCAGCCCCGGAGGAGGCCUCCUGCGAAGGUGUGAGUUGCCCACCCUGGCACCACUGCAAGGUGGUGGGCGGGAAGCCCACGUGCGUGGAGGUGUCCGUGGCCACCUGCCGCGCCCAGGGUGACCCCCAUUACACCACCUUCGAUGGCCUUCACUACGACAUGAUGGGCACCUGCACCUACACGAUCACGGAGCUGUGCAGCAAGGACUUGUCCCUGCCUGCCUUCAGCGUGGAGGCCAAGAACGAGCACCGGAACAGCCGCCGCGUCUCCUACGUGGGCUUCGUCACCGUGCGCGCCUACGGCCACUCGGUGUCACUGGCCCGCGGGGAGGUCGGCUUUGCCCGGAUCGACAACCAGCGCUCAAGCCUGCCGGUCUCCAUGGAGGAGGGGAGACUGCGCGUGUAUCAGAGCGGGAGGCGCGCCAUCGUGGAGCUGGACUUCGGGCUGAUCGUCACCUACGACUGGGACUGCCAGCUGGCGGUGAGCCUGCCCGAGAAGUUCAAAGACAACGUGUGCGGUUUAUGCGGCAACUACAACGGCAACCCCAAAGAUGACUUCCUCACCCGUGACGGAGUGCUUGCUCCUAAUGCCAUGGAGUUUGCCAGCAAAUGGAAGCUGGACGACGGGGACUACCUGUGUACGGAUGGCUGUGCAGACAACUGUCCCUCCUGCACCCCAGGCCAGGCCCAGCACUAUGAGGGCGACCGUCUCUGUGGCAUGCUGACCCUGCCAAGCGGCCCCUUUGCUGUCUGCCACCAUGCCCUGGAGCCGAAGCCCUUCCUGCAGGAGUGUGUCUAUGACAUGUGUGUAGGCAGUGGGGACCGGUCCAAUCUGUGCCGUGCCCUCAGCGCCUACGCCCAGGCCUGUCUGGAACUUGGCAUCUCUGUCGGGAACUGGAGGUUGCCAGCCAACUGCCCCCUUUCCUGCCCCGCCAACAGCCGCUAUGAGCACUGCAGCCCGGCCUGCCCCAUCUCCUGUAACCCCACCGGCGCGCCUUCCAACUGCUCCGAGCGCCCCUGCGUCGAAGGCUGCGUGUGCCUCCCUGGCUUCGUGGCCAGUGGAGACGCCUGCGUGGCUCCCUCCUCCUGUGGCUGCCUCUUUGAAAACCACUUGCUUGCGCCUGGGGAGGCUGUGUGGGCCGACCAGAAGUGCCGGCGGCGCUGUGUCUGCGACGCCAAAACACACAAGAUGGUCUGCAGCGACACACCUGGCUGUCCGAGUGGCGAGCGCUGCCGCAUCCAGAACGGCCUCUUAGGUUGCUACCCCAACAGCCUUGGGAUUUGCCAGGCAUCCGGGGACCCACACUACUUGACCUUCGACGGCCGGCGCUUUGACUUCAUGGGCACCUGCACAUACCUGCUGACCGGCACGUGCGGUCCGACUGGGACGCUGCCCGCCUUCCGGGUGCUGGUGCAAAAUGAGCAUCGGGGCAGCCAGACCGUGAGCUACACGCGUGCCGUGCGCGUGGAGGCCCACGGCGUGAAGGUGGAAGUGCGCAGGGAGUACCCCGGGAGAGUGCUGGUGGAUGGUGUCCUUCAAUACCUGCCCUUCCAGACGGCAGAUGGGCAAGUGCAGGUGUACCGCCAGGGCCAAGACGCCGUCGUGCGCACGGACUUUGGCCUGAUAGUCACCUACGACUGGAACACCCGAGUGACUGCCAAGGUGCCGAGCAGCUAUGCCGGCAUGCUGUGUGGGCUCUGCGGAAACUUCAAUGGGCGCACGGAAGACGACCUGGAACUGCGCGGAGGAGGCCAGGCUGCCAAUGCACUGGCCUUUGGAAACAGCUGGCAGGAGGAGACAAGUCCAGGCUGCGGAGCGAACCCACCAGGAGACUGUCCCCAGCUGGACUCCAUGGUGGAGGAGCAGCUGCAGAGCAAGAAAGAGUGUGGCAUCAUCGCCGACCCAGACGGUCCCUUCCAGGACUGCCACUACUACCUGGAGCCAGAGGACUUCCUGCGUGACUGUGUCUAUGACCGCUGCCUGCUGCCCGGCCAGCCCGGGUCUCUAUGUGACGCCUUAGCCGACUACACGGCCGCCUGCCAGGCCGCCGGGGCCACCGUGGAGCCCUGGAGGACUGAGGAAUUUUGCCCCAUGAGCUGCCCUCUCAACAGCAGCUACGAGUUGUGUUCCCACGGCUGCCCACUGUCCUGCGGAGACCAGCCAGUGCCCGGGGGCUGCGGCUCCGACUGCCACGAGGACUGCAUGUGUGAUGAGGGCUUCGUGCUGAGCGGUGAGUCCUGCGUGCCCCUGGCCUCCUGCGGCUGCGUCCACCAGGGCGCCUACCACCCGCUGGGCGAGAGCUUCUACGAACCAGGCUGCAAGUCACUGUGCCACUGCCACGAGGGCGGAGUGGUGACCUGCCAGCCCUCCACCUGUGGCCCCCACGAGGCCUGCCAGCCGUCCAACGGCGUCCUGGGCUGUGUGCCCGUGGGCUCCGUCACCUGCCAGGCGUCGGGAGACCCCCACUACACCACCUUCGACGGCCGCCGCUUCGACUUCAUGGGCCUCUGUGUGUACGUGCUGGCCCAGACCUGCGGGAACCGCACGGGCCUGCACCGAUUCACCGUCCUGCAGGAGAACGAGCGCUACAGCAGCCGUGCCAGCGUCACCAAGGCCAUCACUGUGCUGGUGGAUAACUACAGCCUGCGGCUGGAGCAGAGGAAGUGGAAGGUCACGGUGAAUGGCGUGGACAUGAAGCUGCCCGUGGAGCUGGCCGAGGGCCGGAUUCGUGCUUUCAAGCACGGCAAGGACGCGGUGAUCCAGACCGACUUUGGUCUGCGUGUGGCCUACGACCUCGUGUACAAUGUGCGGGUCACGGUGCCAGGCAACUACUACGAGCAGAUGUGUGGCUUGUGCGGAGACUACAACGGCGACUCCAAGGAUGACUUCCAGAAGCCCGACGGCUCGCAGGCAGGCAACCCCAACGACUUUGGCAACUCUUGGGAGGAGAAGGUGCCAGGCUCACCCUGCCUGUCGCCGCCCCCCUGCGAGGACUGCGGGCCAGUUUGCACCCCUGAGCAGGAGCAGCAGUACCAGCAGGAGAAGUUCUGUGGCUUCCUCACCAAGCCCACUGGGCCGCUGGCCGCCUGCCACAAACUGCUCAGCCCCCAGGGUGCCCUGAAGGACUGCAUCUUCGACCUGUGCGUGAGCGGCGGGAACCUGAGCAUCCUCUGCUCGAGCAUCGAGGCCUAUGUGAGCGCCUGCCAGGCAGCCGGAGGCCAUGUGGAGCCCUGGAGGACCGAAUCUUUCUGCCCAAUGAAGUGCCCCCCCAACAGCCACUAUGAGGUCUGCGCGGACACCUGCUCCCUGAGCUGCUCGGCCCUCGGCACCCCCCAGAACUGCCCCGAAGGCUGUGCUGAGGGCUGCCAGUGCGACCCUGGCUUCCUCAACAGCGGCGAGGCCUGUGUGCCCAUGGAGGAGUGCGGCUGCUAUCACAACGGCGUCUACUACGAGCCAGACGAGUCGGUGCUUCUUGACAAUUGCCAGCAGCACUGCGUGUGCCACGCUGGCAAAGGCAUGGUGUGCAAGGAGCACAGCUGCAAGCCUGAGGAGGAGUGCCGCGCCCAGAACGGCCUCUUGGGUUGCUACCCCAACAGCCUUGGGAGUUGCCAGGCAUCCGGGGACCCACACUACUUGACCUUCGACGGCCGGCGCUUUGACUUCAUGGGCACCUGCACAUACCUGCUGACCGGCACGUGCGGUCCGACUGGGAUGCUGCCCGCCUUCCGGGUGCUGGUGCAAAAUGAGCAUCGGGGCAGCCAGACCGUGAGCUACACGCGUGCCGUGCGCGUGGAGGCCCGCGGCGUGAAGGUGGAAGUGCGCAGGGAGUACCCCGGGAGAGUGCUGGUGGAUGGUGUCCUUCAAUACCUGCCCUUCCAGGCGGCAGAUGGGCAAGUGCAGGUGUACCGCCAGGGCCAAGACGCCGUCGUGCGCACGGACUUUGGCCUGAUAGUCACCUACGACUGGAACACCCGAGUGACUGCCAAGGUGCCGAGCAGCUAUGCCGGCAUGCUGUGUGGGCUCUGCGGAAACUUCAAUGGGCGCACGGAAGACGACCUGGAGCUGCGCGGAGGAGGCCAGGCUGCCAAUGCGCUGGCCUUUGGAAACAGCUGGCAGGAGGAGACAAGUCCAGGCUGCGGAGCGAACCCACCAGGAGACUGUCCCCAGCUGGACUCCAUGGUGGAGGAGCAGCUGCAGAGCAAGAAAGAGUGUGGCAUCAUCGCCGACCCAGACGGUCCCUUCAAGAAGUGCCACUCCAAACUGGAGCCAGAGGGCUUCCUGCGUGACUGCGUCUACGACCGCUGCCUGCUGCCCGGCCAGCCCGGGUCUCUAUGUGACGCCUUAGCUGACUACACGGCCGCCUGCCAGGCCGCCGGGGCCACCGUGGAGCCCUGGAGGACCGAGGAAUUUUGCCCCAUGAGCUGCCCUCUCAACAGCAGCUACGAGUUGUGUUCCCACGGCUGCCCACCGUCCUGCGGAGACCAGCCAGUGCCCGGGGGCUGCGGCUCCAACUGCCAUGAGGACUGCGUGUGUGAUGAGGGCUUCGUAUUGAGCGGUGAGUCCUGCGUGCCCCUGGCCUCCUGCGGUUGCGUCCACCAGGGCGCCUACCACCCGCUGGGCGAGAGCUUCUACGAACCAGGCUGCAAGUCACUGUGCCACUGCCACGAGGGCGGAGUGGUGACCUGCCAGCCCUCCACCUGUGGCCCCCACGAGGCCUGCCAGCCGUCCAACGGCGUCCUGGGCUGUGUGCCCGUGGGCUCCGUCACCUGCCAGGCGUCGGGAGACCCCCACUACACCACCUUCGACGGCCGCCGCUUCGACUUCAUGGGCCUCUGUGUGUACGUGCUGGCCCAGACCUGCGGGAACCGCACGGGCCUGCACCGAUUCACCGUCCUGCAGGAGAACGAGCGCUACAGCAGCCGUGCCAGCGUCACCAAGGCCAUCACUGUGCUGGUGGAUAACUACAGCCUGCGGCUGGAGCAGAGGAAGUGGAAGGUCACGGUGAAUGGCGUGGACAUGAAGCUGCCCGUGGAGCUGGCCGAGGGCCGGAUUCGUGCUUUCAAGCACGGCAAGGACGCGGUGAUCCAGACCGACUUUGGUCUGCGUGUGGCCUACGACCUCGUGUACAAUGUGCGGGUCACGGUGCCAGGCAACUACUACGAGCAGAUGUGUGGCUUGUGCGGAGACUACAACGGCGACUCCAAGGAUGACUUCCAGAAGCCCGACGGCUCGCAGGCAGGCAACCCCAACGACUUUGGCAACUCUUGGGAGGAGAAGGUGCCAGGCUCACCCUGCCUGUCGCCGCCCCCCUGCGAGGACUGCGGGCCAGUUUGCACCCCUGAGCAGGAGCAGCAGUACCAGCAGGAGAAGUUCUGUGGCUUCCUCACCAAGCCCACUGGGCCGCUGGCCGCCUGCCACAAACUGCUCAGCCCCCAGGGUGCCCUGAAGGACUGCAUCUUCGACCUGUGCGUGAGCGGCGGGAACCUGAGCAUCCUCUGCUCGAGCAUCGAGGCCUAUGUGAGCGCCUGCCAGGCAGCCGGAGGCCAUGUGGAGCCCUGGAGGACCGAAUCUUUCUGCCCAAUGAAGUGCCCCCCCAACAGCCACUAUGAGGUCUGCGCGGACACCUGCUCCCUGAGCUGCUCGGCCCUCGGCACCCCCCAGAACUGCCCCGAAGGCUGUGCUGAGGGCUGCCAGUGCGACCCUGGCUUCCUCAACAGCGGCGAGGCCUGUGUGCCCAUGGAGGAGUGCGGCUGCUAUCACAACGGCGUCUACUACGAGCCAGACGAGUCGGUGCUUCUUGACAAUUGCCAGCAGCACUGCGUGUGCCACGCUGGCAAAGGCAUGGUGUGCAAGGAGCACAGCUGCAAGCCUGAGGAGGAGUGCCGCGCCCAGAACGGCCUCUUGGGUUGCUACCCCAACAGCCUUGGGAGUUGCCAGGCAUCCGGGGACCCACACUACUUGACCUUCGACGGCCGGCGCUUUGACUUCAUGGGCACCUGCACAUACCUGCUGACCGGCACGUGCGGUCCGACUGGGAUGCUGCCCGCCUUCCGGGUGCUGGUGCAAAAUGAGCAUCGGGGCAGCCAGACCGUGAGCUACACGCGUGCCGUGCGCGUGGAGGCCCGCGGCGUGAAGGUGGAAGUGCGCAGGGAGUACCCCGGGAGAGUGCUGGUGGAUGGUGUCCUUCAAUACCUGCCCUUCCAGGCGGCAGAUGGGCAAGUGCAGGUGUACCGCCAGGGCCAAGACGCCGUCGUGCGCACGGACUUUGGCCUGAUAGUCACCUACGACUGGAACACCCGAGUGACUGCCAAGGUGCCGAGCAGCUAUGCCGGCAUGCUGUGUGGGCUCUGCGGAAACUUCAAUGGGCGCACGGAAGACGACCUGGAGCUGCGCGGAGGAGGCCAGGCUGCCAAUGCGCUGGCCUUUGGAAACAGCUGGCAGGAGGAGACAAGUCCAGGCUGCGGAGCGAACCCACCAGGAGACUGUCCCCAGCUGGACUCCAUGGUGGAGGAGCAGCUGCAGAGCAAGAAAGAGUGUGGCAUCAUCGCCGACCCAGACGGUCCCUUCAAGAAGUGCCACUCCAAACUGGAGCCAGAGGGCUUCCUGCGUGACUGCGUCUACGACCGCUGCCUGCUGCCCGGCCAGCCCGGGUCUCUAUGUGACGCCUUAGCUGACUACACGGCCGCCUGCCAGGCCGCCGGGGCCACCGUGGAGCCCUGGAGGACCGAGGAAUUUUGCCCCAUGAGCUGCCCUCUCAACAGCAGCUACGAGUUGUGUUCCCACGGCUGCCCACCGUCCUGCGGAGACCUACUAGUGCCCGGGGGCUGCGGCUCCAAAUGCCAUGAGGACUGCGUGUGUGAUGAGGGCUUCGUGCUGAGCGGUGAGUCCUGCGUGCCCCUGGCCUCCUGCGGCUGCGUCCACCAGGGCGCCUACCACCCGCUGGGCGAGAGCUUCUAUGAACCAGGCUGCAAGUCGCUGUGCCACUGCCACGAGGGCGGAGUGGUGACCUGCCAGCCCUCCACCUGUGGCCCCCACGAGGCCUGCCAGCCGUCCAACGGCGUCCUGGACUGUGUGCCCGUGGGCUCUGUCACCUGCCAGGCGUCGGGAGACCCCCACUACACCACCUUCGACGGCCGCCGCUUCGACUUCAUGGGCCUCUGUGUGUACGUGCUGGCCCAGACCUGCGGGAACCGCACGGGCCUGCACCGAUUCACCGUCCUGCAGGAGAACGAGCGCUACAGCAGCCGUGCCAGCGUCACCAAGGCCAUCACUGUGCUGGUGGAUAACUACAGCCUGCGGCUGGAGCAGCGGAAGUGGAAGGUCACGGUGAAUGGCGUGGACAUGAAGCUGCCCGUGGAGCUGGCCGAGGGCCGGAUUCGUGCUUUCAAGCACGGCAAGGACGCGGUGAUCCAGACCGACUUUGGUCUGCGUGUGGCCUACGACCUCGUGUACAAUGUGCGGGUCACGGUGCCAGGCAACUACUACGAGCAGAUGUGUGGCUUGUGCGGAGACUACAACGGCGACUCCAAGGAUGACUUCCAGAAGCCCGACGGCUCGCAGGCAGGCAACCCCAACGACUUUGGCAACUCUUGGGAGGAGAAGGUGCCAGGCUCACCCUGCCUGUCGCCGCCCCCCUGCGAGGACUGCGGGCCAGUUUGCACCCCUGAGCAGGAGCAGCAGUACCAGCAGGAGAAGUUCUGUGGCUUCCUCACCAAGCCCACUGGGCCGCUGGCCGCCUGCCACAAACUGCUCAGCCCCCAGGGUGCCCUGAAGGACUGCAUCUUCGACCUGUGCGUGAGCGGCGGGAACCUGAGCAUCCUCUGCUCGAGCAUCGAGGCCUAUGUGAGCGCCUGCCAGGCGGCCGGAGGCCAUGUGGAGCCCUGGAGGACCGAAUCUUUCUGCCCAAUGAAGUGCCCCCCCAACAGCCACUAUGAGGUCUGCGCGGACACCUGCUCCCUGAGCUGCUCGGCCCUCGGCACCCCCCAGAACUGCCCCGAACGCUGUGCUGAGGGCUGCCAGUGCGACCCUGGCUUCCUCAACAGCGGCGAGGCCUGUGUGCCCAUGGAGGAGUGCGGCUGCUAUCACAACGGUGUCUACUACGAGCCAGACGAGUCAGUGCUUCUUGACAACUGCCAUCAGCAGUGCGUGUGCCGCUCCGGGAAAGGCAUGGUGUGCAAGGAGCACAGCUGCAAGCCUGAGGAGGAGUGCCAGCCCUCUGGAGGCAUCCUGAGCUGCAUCAAGAAAGACCCCUGCCAGGAUGUGAUAUGUAGGCCACAGGAGACGUGCAAGGAGAAAGAUGGCGAGGGUGUGUGCGUGCCCAACUACGAGGACACCUGCUGGCUGUGGGGCGACCCACACUACCAUUCCUUCGACGGCCGGGACUUCGACUUCCAGGGCACCUGUGACUACGUGCUGGCGACAACUGCCUGUCCAGGAGUCAGCGCCCAGGACCUGAUACCCUUCACUGUCACCACCAAGAAUGAAAACCGGGGCAACCCUGCCGUGUCCUAUGUGAGGCGAGUCACCGUGACCACACUGGGCGUCAACAUCUCCAUCCACAAAGACGAAAUUGGCAAAGUCCGGGUCAACGGCGUGCAGACAGCUUUGCCCGUCUCCGCGGCUGGCGGGCGCAUUUCAGUGACCCAUGGCUCAUCCAAAGCAGUGCUGGUGACCGACUUCGGGCUGCGCGUCAGCUAUGACUGGAAUUGGCGCGUGGAGGUGACUCUGCCCAGCAGCUAUCAUGGCGCCGUGUGCGGGCUCUGUGGGAACAUGGACCGCAACGCCAGCAAUGACCACGCCUUCCCCAAUGGCACCCUGGCUCCCUCCAUCCCCGCCUGGGGCGGCAGCUGGAGAGUGCCAGGCUGGGACCCACUGUGCUGGGACGAGUGCCAGGGGUCCUGCCCAACAUGUUCUGGGGACCAGCUGGAGGAGUACGGGGGCCCGGCCUACUGUGGCCCCCUGGCCUCUGGUGCCGGAGGCCCCUUCGCUGCCUGCCAUGCCCAUGUGCCCCCCGACAGCUUCUUCGAGGGCUGCGUUCUGGAUGUCUGCAUGGGAGGCGGGGCCCACGAUAUACUUUGCAAGGCCCUGGCUGCCUAUGCUGCCACCUGCCAGGCCGCAGGCAUUGUCAUCGAGGACUGGCGGUUGCAGGCAGGCUGUGAGCUCCCCUGCCCCAGCAACAGCCACUAUGAGCUCUGUGGCCCAGUCUGUCCAGCCAGCUGCCCGUCCCCUGCGCCCCCCACCACCCCAGCCUUCUGUGAGGGCCCCUGCGCCGAGGGAUGCCAGUGUGACCCGGGUUUCGUGUUGAGUAUCGACCACUGCGUUCCCCUGGACGGCGGCUGCGGCUGCUGGGCCAACGGCACCUACCAUGAAGCAGGCAGCGAGUUUUGGUCUGAUGGCACCUGCUCCCAGCUGUGCCGCUGUGGUCCCGGGGGUGGCUCGGUGGACUGCACACCUGCCAGCUGUGGGCUAGGUGAAGAGUGUACUCUGCUGCCAUCAGGCCAGUUUGGCUGCCACCCGAUCAGCACGGCUGAGUGUCAGGCCUGGGGUGACCCACAUUACGUCACCCUGGAUGGGCACCGAUUCGACUUCCAAGGCACCUGCGAAUACCUGUUGAGUGGGGUCUGUGGUGAGCUACCCAACGGGGUUGAGCAUUUCACCGUGACCGUUGCCAAUGAGCACCGGGGCAGCCAGGCCGUCAGCUAUACUCGCAGUGUCACCCUGUCCAUCUACAACCACAACCUGACGCUCAGUGCCCAGUGGCCCCGGAAACUGCAGGUGGACGGCGAGCUCGUGUCGCUGCCCUUCCAGCUGGACUCGCGCCUGCAUGCCUAUGUGAGCGGCGCCAACGUGGUGGUCACAGCAGCCAAUGGGCUCUCCUUGGCUUUUGACGGGAACAACUUCGUGCGCCUGCGCGUCCCAGCGGUGUACGCGGGUGCCCUGUGUGGCCUGUGCGGGAACUACAACCAGGACUCCUCAGAUGAUCCUGAGGCGGUGGGCAAAGACCCUGGCCGCUGGCAGGUGGGCGGCGCCCCUGGCUGUGGGGAGUGUGUGCCGGGGCCUUGCCCUUCGCAGUGCACGCCCGAGGAACAGGAGCAGUUCGGUGGCCCUGACGCCUGUGGCAUCAUCUCGGCCCCCGACGGUCCACUAGCACCCUGCCACACCCUUGUGCCACCGGAGCAGUACUUCCAGGCCUGCCUCCUAGACGCCUGCCAGGUUCAGGGUCAUCCAGGAGGCCUCUGCCCAGCCGUGGCCGCCUAUGUGGCCGCCUGUCAGGCCGCUGGGGCCCAGAUCGAGGAGUGGAGGAGACCAGACUUCUGUCCCCUCCAGUGCCCUGCCAACAGCCACUACGAGCUGUGCGGUGACUCCUGCCCUGUGAGCUGCCCCAGCCUGUCGGUGCCUGAAGGCUGUGAGUCCGUCUGCCAGGAGGGCUGCGUCUGUGAUGCUGGCUUCGUGCUCAGUGGGGACACCUGCGUGCCAGUGGGUCAGUGUGGCUGCCUCCACGAAGGCCGCUACUACCCGCAGGGCGAGAUCUUCUACCCAGGCCCCGAGUGCGGGCGGCGCUGUGAGUGCGGGCCCGGCGGCCAGGUCAACUGCCAGGAGGGCACCGACUGCGGGCCCUAUGAAGAGUGCCGGGUCCAGGACGGCGUCCAGGCCUGUCACGCCACCGGCUGUGGCCGCUGCCUGGCCAAUGGGGGCAUCCACUAUGUCACCCUCGAUGGGCGUGUCUAUGACCUGCACGGCACCUGCUCCUAUGUCUUGGCCCAAGUCUGCCACCCACAGCCCGGGGACGAAGACUUUAGCAUUGUGCUUGAGAAGGACACAGCUGGAAAGCCCCAGCGCCUGCUGGUGACGGUGGCUGACCAGGUGGUGAGCCUGGCUCCAGGACCGCUGGUCACUGUGGAUGGCGAGGUGGUGACUCUGCCCGUGUCUAUGGGCCACGUGCGGGUGACUGCCGAGGGCCGCAACGUGAUUCUGCAGACGACCAAGGGGCUGCGGCUUCUCUUUGACGGCGAUGCCCACGUCCUCAUGUCCAUUCCCAGCCCCUUCCAUGGCCGGAUGUGUGGCCUCUGUGGGAACUUCAACGGCAACUGGACUGAUGACUUUGUCCUGCCCGAUGGGUCUGUGGCCCCCAGUGUGGAGGCCUUUGGGGCUGCGUGGAGGACCCCCAGCUCCUCCCAGGGCUGUAUCGAGGGCUGUGGGCCCCAGGGCUGCCCCGUGUGCUUGGCAGAGCAGACGGCCCCAUUCGAGAGCCUCCAGGCCUGCGGGAAGCUCCGCGACCCCAACGGCCCCUUCUCGGCCUGCCAUGAGGUGUUGAGCCCCUCUGAGUACUUCCGCCAAUGUGUGUACGAUAUGUGUGCCCACGAGGGAGACCACGCCUUCCUCUGCAGCAGCCUGGCGGCCUACACAGCAGCCUGCCAGGCGGCCGGCGCAGAAGUGAAGCCCUGGAGAACAGACAGCUUCUGCCCACUCCGCUGCCCCGCCAACAGCCACUAUUCCGUCUGCAUGCACUCCUGCCAGGACUCUUGCGCAGGGCUCUCGGGCCUCACGGGCUGCACCACCCGGUGCUUUGAAGGCUGUGAUUGUGACGAAGGCUUCCUGCUCUCCCAGGGCAUCUGCAUCCCCACUCGAGACUGCGGGUGCACCCAUGAUGGCCGAUACUUGCCGAUGAACACCUCCCUGCUGACCCCAGACUGUGGAGAGCUCUGUUCCUGCUCCUCAAGCUCUGUCCUGAUGUGCCAGCCAGCUGGCUGCCAGUCAGGCCUCAUAUGUGCCAUCCAGGAUGGGUCCCAAGGCUGCUGGGCCCCCCAGGGUCUCUGUUCCCUCUCUGCGGGUGGCAAUCUCACCACCUUCGACGGGGCCCAAAACGUGAUCAGCUCCCCCAACGUCUAUGAGCUCUCUGUCCGCUGCCCAGGAUUCCAGGGGGCCAUCCCCUGGUACCGCGUCCUUGUUGACAUCCCCAUCUGCAGCGGCAAAGUUGGCGCAGCACGCCAGGUCCACGUCUUCUUCCAAGAUGGGCUGGUGACUGUGAAUCCGAACAAGGGCGUGUGGGUGAAUGGUCUCCGAGUGGAUCUCCCAGCUAAGAUGUUAGCAUCUGUGUCCGUGAGUCGGAAUCCUGAUGGCUCUGUGCUGGUCAAGCAGAAGGCAGGGGUCCAGGUGCAGCUUUGGCCCAAUGGGCAGCUGACUGUGAUGGUCAGCAGUGACCAUGCCAGGAUGCUGUGUGGGGCCUGUGGAAACUUCGAUGGAGUCGAGGUCAAUGAUGGGCACACCUCCCAAGGGAAGACAUCGAUGGAGAGGUGGAGAGCAAAGGAUUUCUCCCCAUGUUCUGCCUGAUCAGCCAUCGCCUGGGGAUGAGGACUUCAGGACCUGAUUGCCUGAGACAUUGCAAUGAUUGAAGGAGGUGCUGUGUCAUUAUGGUCCUCUUCCAUGUUCUGCCCCUCUGCUGAGUCACUAUGAUUGACUGUGAGGGCAAUAAAUAAAUAUCUUA